GUACGUACUAAACUAAACUUUUUAAAAUUAAAUGACACAGUGGGCGCAAAAUUUCCAUAGCCUGACUAUAAUUAAUUGGCUGAUUUGUGCGGCACUCAUACAUACAUAUACAUACAUACAUAAAUAUGUAUGUAUGUACAUUAUAUAAAGCCAUACUCUUCCGCGCCAUCACCAGCUUUAAGACUUUACACAGAUUGCAUAAAUGCGCAAUUUUUCAUGCAUACAUACAUAUAUAUAUGUACAUCCGGAUGUACUCAUUCAAACCCCUUUACCAUCUGAUUUGGAUACAAUUUGAUAAAAAAGCACGCGCCUAAAUUCAAAAGACGUCCAUCAUCCAUGCCAAACGCGAAAGCAUAUCUAUCAUCAACACUCGCCAACAUCACCACAACCACCACCACAUUCGCCACUUAUGUAUACAAAGCUAAUGUGCCAAGCUCGGCCAGAUUCAUGGACACCGGCUCGCAACUACGUCGCAACUUGCGUGUGAAGACCAGCCCGCCUAGUAGUCCUGUUUGUACGCCUGUCAUAAAGUACGAACCGGCGCCAUCUAUCGACGACAACGAAGAUGAAUUAUCUGGCGUGGCCAGCCAGCUUGGGUUAGGAAGUCAAAGUGGCACGAUUUCCGUUGGUAUUACGGGUGACAGCACAGCUAUUCUCCCAGUCGAAGGCGCGGAUGAUGAGCAGCCGUGUGAUCUUCGCUUGAGCUCAUUUCGGAUGAAUCUUGUGUCAAUGGCGCUGCAACAGGCGGCAGCAGCCGUAAUAAGCGGUGGAUCAGUCACGAGCCCUUCAGGUAUUCAACAAGCUGCGUUGCAAACAAUGGCUGCCGCACCCCCAACCCACCUCCCGUCCCUGAUUAAUUUUCCGCAUCCGCAUACACCCCAUACACACGCCCAGUUACCAAGUCAAGCUUCGGCGCAACCGCGCUCGAUUACACCAACCCGUCGUUACAGCACCAGCACCAGCACAGCUACAAGCGGAGGUCCUGCUGCUGGAGUUGGACCCGAAGUAGUGCCUUCAAAUAGGGUAGCAUCACCACUAGGUGGGGCUAUUAGCGUUGGGCCGCUUACGGCCGCUUCUAAUACUUCGGCUACCUCAGGACCGUCUACCUCGGCAGCAGCAGCGGCUGCCAGCUCAGCACUUUUGACCGGUGCCAAUAGUAGUGACGAGGUGGCAGCAGGCAGAGGGGGCGCCAUUAGCAAUAGUGGCAGCAGUCAUAUCGCUGUCAUUGCUCCAGGAUCUGGGGGCUCUUUCGGUGGCGCAUAUACUUGUGAACGCUGUGGUAAUUCUUAUGCCCGACCGCAUAGCUUAAAUCGGCAUAUGCGCUUCGAAUGCGGUGUUGAGCCGAAGUUUGAGUGCCCGAUUUGCCACAAGAAGUCAAAACAUAAACAUAACCUCGUUUUGCACAUGCGCACACACCAACAUCGAUGAUACAAUCAACCCCGAUAUUCGCAAUGACCACCGAUAUUCCGCCAACAACUAAACGCUUGGAAAAAUACGAAUCAAGAAACAACAACAUCAGCAGCAGCAGCAGCAGCAUAAUCAACUAAAAAAGCACAUCACGAUUUCAAACAUCCACAUUGCAGACCACCUGAUCGAGCGCUUUCAUCUCAUCCGGCGGCACUAUUGUCAUCCCCCACGCUUCGCCAUGCUGAGGCCGAAUUCUUCACAGAUAGCGUAGAGCACAUUCCAAAGCAAUCGAAUCUACAUAUUUUAUUAGCGAAGCAGCAGUACAGUGUAGUGAAUAGUUUAGUCGGUGGGAGAGGAGAGGAUGCAUGGAUAAGUGCGGCGGGCAGCGUAAAACCAUGAAGCAUACAUACAAACAAACGUAAAUAGAUACACAUACAUACAUACACAAAUGCAGGUAUGUAAGGGGCAUGUGAAAGGGAAUUCCAAAAUUCUCCAAGUGUAGCACAUUAUUAAUCAAUUAGCACGAAUGUGAUUUAAUUCUUUUGAACAGAAAGAAGUCUUGUAAUUUUCCAAAUGAUCUUGAGAACUUAGUCGUUUUUUUUACAUUCAUUUAUUUUUACAAUUUUACUAUAGCUUAAAGUAAUUUUAUACGAUCAUGUAUAGAUGCAUAUGUAUGGUUGGUUUCUCUACGGACAGACAAACCUGUUGUGUUGCGAGGAUAUUGAUCAAUUAAUUAAUAUUGUAGUUUUACAAAAAGUCAGCAUAAAUACAUAUGUACAUAGAUACUUGUUGCGUACGUACGUAUGUAUAUUUUAGUAGUAAGGGCGGUCGCUUUAACGAUUGUCAACUGAAGGAGAAUGGGAAUGGGAGCAGCAGACAUAUGAAGUGAAGUGAUAUUUGAAGCACAAAGUGAUAUGGAAUUUGUAUGGAGUUAGGAGUUGAUCGUAGGGGUCGAGCAGAGAAUUUAUACUAUGAAUGUUGUUGAUUGCAUAGAAAAAAGCUGAAGAAAUUAUAUAACAUACAAACAAAAGUAAUAGUAAUGAUAAUGAUCUCAGUUAUUUAAAAUUAAAAAGGAAACUAAGACGCAUUUCAA